UCACGUAUAGUCUCUGUAAUUUUGACGAAAACACUCACCUUCAAUCUAUCCAACAUCUUGAUCAGUACAACUACGACCAUGGCAAACAAAUCACUGAUUACCCUUGCCAUUUUUUUCGUUUGUGCGGAUUUUGGCAGCACCUACUGUCCGUCCGGCAUAUAUGAGUCCGGUUUAUCCCAAGGGGAUAGAAAUUUCAUAGUCAACCAGCACAACUACCUCAGAGGUCUGGUUGCUGCUGGUAAAGUUCCUGGGCAGCCCAGAGCUACCAACAUGAAACAAAUUAGAUAUUCAUUAGAAUUGGAGAAAAAAGCGCAAGAAGUAGCCAACACGUGUGAAUUCAAACAUGUUACUAUCACUGGAACUUCAUGGGGUUGGGUUGGACAAAAUCUGUACCUCUUCAUGUCAACUGGAUAUGGAAAAGGACCAAACUGGCACGAUGCCAUUCAGUCGUGGUUUAACGAGCACAAAAUUUACAGGUUCGGCUCGCCUUUUUCUGCGGCUACUGGGCAUUACACUCAGUUAGUUUGGGCGAAUACCGACCAUGUUGGAUGUGGAUACGCUUACUACAACAAAGGGGGAUACUUCAGAUAUCAGAAACUCUACGUUUGUAACUACGGGCCUGGAGGGAACUAUAUUGGCCAAAAUCCUUACAGAACAUAAACUAGCAUCAAAUCCACAUAUUGAGAGUGUUACGCAGUUAUCUCUAUAUUAUUAUCCUCCAUAGAAAGUGUAAAAAACUUGUAUAAUUAAUUUUUUUACUUCAUAUUAAGCAGAGGUACAACAAACCAAUGUCGCUUCAGUCAAAAAAUGAAUUUUUCCGUAUGAAAUACUUACCAAUAUCAAUAGAAACUUUUUGUUAUAGGUAAUUCAAAGUGAUAAGUUUUUAAAAAAUCAAUAAAACUUUUAUUUCAA